AUGACAAAGUUCGCAGCGGCUCUCAGGAUCGGCUUGAAGAGCAUAUUUUUCAUGCGGUGGUGCAGAGUCGCUAUCUGUGCUGCAAAUGCCAUGGCUAGAUCGACGGAAUUGAGGUGCAAGGCUGUGUCUUUAUCCGAGAUCUUCGAUUUCGACUGGGCCAAGUUAGCAGUGUUUGGACUUCGAGGAAGUUGUAAGAGCGGAGAUGGUUUGGUCGUUCGCCAUGUAUCAACAAUUCGUGACAACUUCAAAGGCUCAUUAUUUGCGACUUUUCGAGGCGGUUCAUCGUAA